UUUGAGCCACCUCCAAAUGCCAGACUGCCCCACGCUCAUUCGCGUUCUCAAGCGAUCACGUCUACCAGCGAACGGAGUGGAGGCGGGAGGUACCGUCACCGCCCAACUUUACCGGUCAGGGUCACCGCACCAUGCUGGAUCCCGUCACCGGAGGUACGAGUACUCCAGAUCCAUAUAAAUAGUCCCCCGUCACUGAACCAUCGAGGCGCAGUGGCGGAGCCUCUGAGCGAGGCCGCCGAGGGAGUAAUCGAGGGCUUGGGCGAGAGGGGGGAGAGCGAUGUCGGACUUGGACCGGCAAAUAGAGCAGCUGAAGCGAUGCGAACCGCUCAAAGAGUCGGAGGUGAAGGCGCUGUGCCUCAAGGCCAUGGAGAUCCUCGUCGAGGAGAGCAACGUACAGAGGGUCGAUGCCCCCGUCACCAUAUGUGGAGACAUUCAUGGACAGUUUUAUGACAUGAAAGAGCUGUUCAAAGUUGGAGGCGACUGUCCAAAGACUAAUUACUUGUUUCUAGGGGAUUUUGUUGACCGAGGAUUUUAUUCUGUUGAGACGUUUCUGCUUUUGCUAGCAUUGAAGGUUAGGUAUCCAGACCGUAUAACUCUCAUACGAGGAAAUCAUGAGAGCCGGCAGAUCACACAGGUUUAUGGAUUCUAUGAUGAGUGUCUCCGCAAAUAUGGGUCAGUAAAUGUAUGGAGAUAUUGCACAGAUAUAUUUGACUUCCUAAGCCUAUCAGCACUCAUUGAGAACAAAAUUUUUAGUGUCCAUGGAGGGCUAUCUCCUGCCAUUACAACGUUAGAUCAGAUUCGAACUAUAGACCGGAAGCAGGAAGUACCUCAUGAUGGGGCCAUGUGCGAUCUUCUAUGGUCAGAUCCAGAAGAUGCUGUUGAUGGUUGGGGUUUAAGUCCUCGGGGUGCAGGCUUCCUGUUUGGUGGGAAUGUGGUUACCUCCUUUAAUCACUCAAACAACAUUGAUUACAUAUGUCGUGCACAUCAACUAGUGAUGGAAGGAUAUAAAUGGAUGUUUAAUAACCAGAUUGUAACAGUCUGGUCCGCUCCAAAUUACUGUUACAGAUGUGGCAAUGUGGCUGCCAUCCUUGAGCUGGAUGAGAACCUAAACAAGCAGUUUCGUGUAUUUGAGGCUGCACCACAUGAAGCAAGAGGCGUUCCUUCUAAGAAACCAGCCCCUGAUUACUUCCUCUGAUAUCAUUCCUGAGAACUCACCUUUCCCUCUCUUUCAAUUGGUGGUACACAAGCUCGUCAGAUUUUCUUCUUGCUGAUACGAGCUCUUACAACUGUGCUGUUGCAUGCAAGACUUAUCCGGAGUACAAGUAUCCAUGGUUGAGAGUUGCUUUUGGACUGUAAAUUGUUUAGAACUGGUUGGUUUUCCACAAUGUCUGGCCUUCCUGUAUAUGAAUAUGAAUCCUGUUUGGUGAGAAACAUGUACCCUUAGUGGCACCAGUUCCGUAAUUUUCUUACACAGUUCUGGUGGAGAGGCAGCGCAUGGAUUAGAGGAAGCCAUUCUAAAUUUCAGCGAAGUAACAAUGCUGCACGUUGUAGAGGUGUUUUUAUUUGUGUCCUGCAUUACUUGGCCUAUAUGGCAUUUUCAAAAGAGAUCUGCUGUUGCUCAGGCUAGAUGGGAUUUUGUAUUUGUGUUUAUCAAAACUUUAUUUACCUUCACAAAACUUAGUUGAUUACGUCUGAUUUCA